GGGCAUAUUGACAUGUGGAACGACCAAUCAGAGCAAAGGAUGCAGAAGCCUCCACCAAUGGAACAAACGCCCCGCCCCUUUUGCUAGUAUGUUUGGUCGACAUCGGAAAAGUGAAAGAAUUCUUAGAAUUUGACUAGAAAGAUAGAGAAAUUAUGUCGUCUGGAGCUCUGUUCCCUAGCUUGGUGUCCGGAUCCCGGGGCUCAUCAAGCAAAUACCUGGUAGAGUUCCGUGCUGGAAAAAUGACCCUGAAGGGCAGCACCGUGACCCCGGAUAAGCGCAAAGGACUUGUGUACAUUCAGCAGACAGACGAUUCGCUCAUCCACUUCUGCUGGAAGGACAGAUCCACGGGGAAUGUGGAGGAUGAUCUGAUCAUUUUUCCUGAUGACUGUGAGUUCAAGAGGGUCAAUCAGUGCACCACAGGUCGUGUUUUUGUGCUUAAGUUUAAAGCUGGCUCCAAAAGACUCUUCUUUUGGUUGCAGGAGCCUAAGACAGAUAAAGAUGAGGAGUACUGCAGGAAAGUGAAUGAAUACCUCAACAACCCACCAAUACCUGGCACUCUGGGGAGUGGAGGCGGCAGCAGCCAUGAGCUGUCUGCUCUUGGGGGUGAAGGUGGCCUUCAGAGUCUUCUUGGUAAUAUGAGUCACAACCAACUAAUGCAACUCAUAGGACCAACUGGACUAGGGGGUCUGGGGGCUCUGACAGGACCAGGUCUGGCUAGUCUGCUAGGAAGUGGAGUUCCAGCUACUAGCAGCUCAUCUUCCAGCUCUCGUAGUCAGUCCACUGCCGCCACUCCAUCAUCCACCUCAGCCCCCACCCGCCUCAGCUCCUCCCAGGUUCCAAGCACACCCAUAGCUCCAUCAGCAGCAGUCACAGCCUCACCCGCACCCACCCCCAGCACACCUGCAGGCCCUGCUCUCUCUGCUGGAGCCGCCAGCCCAUCUCAGCCCAUCCAGCUGAGUGACCUGCAGAGCAUCUUAGCUACAAUGAACGUGCCUACAGCAGGUCAAGGAGUGGACCUUGCAAGUGUUUUGACCCCUGAGGUCAUGGCCCCAAUUCUCACUAAUGCAGAAGUGCAGCAGAGGCUCCUGCCGUACCUCCCAUCUGGAGAAUCCCUUCCUCAAAGUGCAGAAGAACUUCAAAACACUCUCACCUCGCCGCAGUUUCAGCAGGCUAUGAGUAUGUUCAGUAGUGCCCUGGCAUCAGGGCAGUUGGGGCCUUUGAUGAAUCAGUUUGGAUUACCUACAGAAGCCGUAGAGGCGGCCAAUAAAGGAGAUGUGGAAGCAUUUGCCAAGGCCAUGGAAGGUGAAGGCAAGUCGAAUGAAGGAGGAGACAAGAAAGAUGAUGAGGAGGACAUGAGUUUGGAUUAGGCAAUUUUCUACAUUCAUAAAAGUUCAAAAGUUGUACUUUUUUCCCUCACUGUAGAGCUUCCAGAGCAUCAUGUUGUCAAGUUAAAUUUCAAGUUAAAGGUAAUGUUUUCUUUUAAAGGGAUAGUUCACACAAAAAUAAAAAUU